AUGGCAAGCAAGGCGUUUGAAAAAUAUGUUGAGCAAGAAGUUUUGAUAAAUUGUGUUGAAAGUAGACCAGUUCUUUGGGACAAAACACUGGAGAUUUAUAAAGAUAAAAUUGCAAAAACCGCAGCUUGGCGCGAAAUAUGCGGUAUUCUAAAGGAGGAUUUUGAAGCUAUGGAACAAAAAGAAAGACAAGAAUUUGGUGAUACACACGAGAACGUCCCUGCUAAUGACAACAUCACGGAAACAGUAGAAAGUAAUAAAGACAACGAAGAUGAACCUGAUCAGAUUACGGAACAAAGUGGUAGUGACAGACAAAAGGAAAGACAAAAUUUAGCCCCGCCGCAACGCAAGGCAAUCAAAAGAAAUGUGAAUGAAGUAGACGCCAAAAUGAUUGAAUACAUGAAUGAUGAGUUAAAAAAAACUAAAAAUGAGUUUGAAGAUCCCAAUUUAUCGUUCUUCAAAGGUCUUUUGCCGCAACUGGCUUCACUUAAUGGCGAUCAAAUUUUAGAAUUUCAGUCUGGAGUGAUAAACCUUUUACAAAAUAUUAAAAGUAGAAGAUAUGGUCAGUCAAACUACGAGUGGCCUCCAUAUUCACAAAGUUCUAGCACUCCUCACUACCACACCCAGGUUAUUUUAACCAACAAGGUUAUUUUAGUAGGCCACAUCAUCUUGACUCUACACCAUCAGUAG